AUGGCUUCUCCGCUAGGCUGGGCACGGUAUGGGAGACUCCAGGCAACCAGGGGUCCUUCGGAACAGCGCUCGCUAGGUGUCUCAUUGCAACCGCCAGUCCAGCCGGCAGCAUCGGAGCCGGUGGCUUGGCAGUCGCAGCAGCAGCAGCAAAAGCAGCAGCAACAGCACAUCCUGAGGGGGGAUCUGUUGCUUCGUCUGCCCUGUCGUCGCAGCAUUUACCGCUGCCUUAGUGGUUCCAGCCGCUGCAGUUCUACAGCAUCGACAGCAGUAAACGCGUCUCCAUAUUCCGUAGCCGCGCGCUUGCAAGCAGAAGGAGCAGCAGCAGCUUCGAAGCAACCGUACACGUUCAAGUCUGCAGCCCAUCGGGAUAUGGUGGUCCUUUCAACCCGUCUGCACCUGCAGGAUUUGCUUUUGGAGCGCUUUGGCCGUCUGAGGACAGCAGAGUGCUGCCUGCUCCGUAAAGCCUCUGGCACCCCACGACUGCUACUGCUUUGGGCGGACCUGCUGGUGCAACAAAAUCCAGAACAUCCUCCUGCAGAUGCCUAUUUCGUUCCACCGGAGCUCUACCGCUUGCCAGAGGUCAAAGCUUUGCUGCAGCGGGAUAGGGAGUUACGGUGGCUAAUGCAACGGAUCGAUCCGAAAGGUGUUGGGGGUCCGUGUGACUCCUCAAGAGACUGCGUCCCCGUGCCGCACUUCCCUUCGGUGCUGCAGCAAGAAGUGCCACGCUAUCCAUACGAACCGUACCAACUGGAGCUGCUCAGAGACACUUACGGCCUGCUCAAAUGGCCCUUCAGACCGAUCCGAGGCGCAGCGAGGGCAGCAGCAGCAGCAGCAGCAGCGGCCGUUGCUUCGGGUAAUGCCGAGGUGCCGCACAUUCCACAGGCGGAGCCCACAUCUGAAGGAGUCGCUGCAGCAGUUGCUGCUGUUGCCGCCGCAGUAGAUCGCGGAGACGUGCGGCGUGCCAACAACGAAGUUCGUACGCGCUGCUCCACCGAUGCAAUCUAUGCACCGGACGAGACAGAAACAGGUGCAUAUGUGUGGUAG